AUGGAUGUGGAUUAUAUGAGAAAGGAAAAAAAAGAUGAAGAUGAUGAUUUUACAUAUAAUUCAAAGGUUUUAGAAUUUUUAAAAGCCAAAGUUAAAUUAGAUAAUGGAGAAGAUGGUUACGUUUUUACGAAAAGCACGGAGGAAAAUCCCAGGGGAAGAUUUCGUUGUCACGUUUGUAACGUACCCAUCGGUAGCACGAAAAGUUUGGAAGAACACACGUCGGGUAAAAAUCACACGAGGAGAAUGCAAGCUCAAUUUCAUUCACACGAAAAUUUUUCAAAGAUCGUCAUUAAAGAAUCAUCCAAAUUAUCCACGGAUGUCGGUGGAAAAGUCAUCAAGGCACCCGGUGUAGACAUACCGGAUUUGGCACCGGGUGAACCCGUACCUCCCGGUUUUGAAGAUAUAGUCACGAGAGUACCGGAAAUAACGUCGACUUUGGACGAAAUGAAAGCUCCUCUCAUUGGAUUGGAAUAUCUGGCUGAAAUCACGCCCGUCGGAGAUGAAGUCGAACCCAAAUAUUGUUGUCUCCUGUGUAAUAAAAGAGGAGAUCCGAGAACGGUUUUAGCACAUUUAGUUUGUUUUAAUCAUAGAAUUAAAUAUAUUGGACGAUACUUUCCUAGAACGAACACAGCUUUGGCUUUGAUACCGAAAGUGAAAGAGUAUAAAAGAGGAACUGGAGAAGUUCUCGCGAAAAUAGUCAAAGCCAUAGAAAGUAAAUUUGGUCGUUUGAAUCCGGUCAUCGUCGACGGAGCCAUAUUCGAUGAGAAAAAAGAAGAAUAUUAUCGGGAAAUGAGAUUGGGAAGACAUUUUCACGAGACGGCGGAUUCGAAUUACGAAUUGCUCGUGGAUUUGGAUUUUAUUAAAAAAUGCGCUCCCGAAGCAGAUACCGUUUUGACGAUAGAUAUAGAAAAAGAAGAAGCGAAAAAAAGGUCGACGGCUUUGAAAAACGAAAUGAACAAAACGAAAAUGAAAAAUUCGACGACGACGACGACGACGACGUCGUCGUCGUCCCCGUCGUUUGUCGACAAUUGUUGUCUGGAUAAGAGAGGGAAUUAUGAGAAAAGAUUGUUGUUGCCAAGAUCGAGUCGUGGUAAUUCCAAGGUUAAAAGAGAAAAAUCCGUUGAAACGAUUUCAACGACGUCAGCAUCUCGAUCGUAUUCCCGUUCGAGAUCAAGAUCGUAUUCACGUUCGCGAUCCCGUUCCCGUUCGAGAUCGAGUUCCCUAUCGAAAUCACGGUCCCAUACCCAUUAUCGUUACGUUCGUAAAGACUACGAAAAUUCGGAUGUGAGAUCGAGAUCUCCUCGUUAUUACGGUCGAUCUAGAUCUCGAUCGAGAUCUAGGAGUCGCGGGGGUUCGAGUUAUCGACGUUAUCGCUCGACAACUAAUUAUAGAACAAAAUCUCCUGUUUAUGUUAGGCCAUCGUUUAGGACCAUUCGCUACGACAGCUUGUAUAACGAUGACGAUUACGCUAGUUUCGAAAGGCCGAAAAGUACUCAAUCAAAAGUUGCCGAACUUCGUGAUAAGAGAAAAAAAAGGGAUUUGUACGUUGAGUACGUUGAAAAAUUAGAAAAAGACAUGGCGAAAACGUUGAAAAAUUACAAAAAAAAUCCGGAAAAACAUCCGCUGUAUCCGGCGGAAUGGAAAAAAUUUUGGAAUCGUCGUUACAAGGAACUCACGGCCGAAGGCGUCGAUGCGACGAAACACGAUUUCAAACCCGAAUGGAUUAAAUUUUGGCUUGUGAGAAUGAAAGAAUUGCACAACGAAGAACUGCAAAUGAAAAAGGAAAAAUACAAAACGGAAAUCGGUCUCGUGGAAAACGAUAAAUCGAGCGGAAUCGAUUCCGACGUCAUCGAAGUGUCACCGACUCCGUUGGAGUUGGACGAUAAGAGCAACGUGACCGUUGAAGACAUCAAAAACACUUGGAAAGCUCUCACGGGUAGCGAAAUAAAGGGUGCGAAAGAAAAUUCGACGGAUAAAUCCGACAAUUACGAAUUGGGAAUGGUCAAUUCAGAAUUCGAAUCUCAGGUCAGAGUCAUAACCGUGUUGAGAUUGUUGACGGCGUUGGAAAAUCAAUUGGGAUCGUUGGGACCACGCGUGAACAAUUUACUUGCACAAGCUAUCGCUUUGGAAAAGAAGAAACCCAAUUCGUCGGAUGGUUUGAUUGACGUGUCCGAAAACAACGUUCUCUUCGAAACGGUCAAGGAAAAACUCAAGGGACAAUUGUUUGCGGGCAUUGUCGAAAAACACAUGGUCAACGCCACACGAACGGCCAUUCAAAACGUUGCCGAACUUUUUAAUUCUUGGAAAGCUCGUAAAAGUAAUCCACCCCCCGUUUCUCCUUCCGUUUUAUCCGCUCCCGCGAUUAUGCCGACUCCCGUUUCGUCGGAACCUCUCAUAGUGCCCGGAAUCGGAGCGGUCGAUAAAAUCGCCAUCGCUCAGCAAAUUGCGGCUGCUCUAAUCGCUCAGGGAAAGACGAACGUGACGGAACAAGAAUUAGAGCAGCUCAUAAAUGCUGUGGUCGGAAUGGCGCAGGCGACGACGCGUCAAUCUCCGAUUCCCGUUGCGACUACGGUUCCACCGCAACCCAUCGCGUAUCCUUCUCCAUUGGCUUUCCCUCCCGUUUAUUCCCCGAACGCACCCUUGGCACAAAGAGAACAAGACUUGAAAUAUUCGGUUGUUGUACCGCAACAAUUGUCAUCGACGGUGGCGAAAACGAACGUGAACGCAACCCCUGCGAAAAAUACGUUAACAACGUUUGAGGAAGUCAACAAUUUUAAAAAUAAAAAGAGUUUCAUGUCGAAAGAAUUGAGCGAAGAAGACAUGAAAUCCUUGUUACAAAAUUUUAAAGACUUGUCCUCGGAGGAACAGCAAAGUUUGAUUGCGUAUUUGAAAGAAAUGGAAUCCAAAGAUCCCAACAGCGUGGAAAAAUUACGACAAUUUGUCAAUUUCGUCGGUGACAAUCCUUUGAAAUCCGAAUCGUCGAAAUACAAGGAAGAGUCGAAUGCGACGUCCGGAAGACUUUCUCCCUUUUCGAUGAGAGAAGGAGGUGCCAAUCCAUUUAUAGACGACGGGUCUAAAACAUGUUCGAAAAAUUUGAACGAUGACGAAGACGACGACGACGACGAUCACGAUGUCGGUAAUGGAAAUGAUAACGUUGACGACGUCGUCGAAGGCGACGAUGACGACGACGACGACGACGACGACGAUGAUGAUUACAGUUACGAAGAUAUUUACAAAGCCGCGGAAAAGAAAAUUUCAGGGAGAUCCGUCGUGGAAAAAAUGAUUGAAGAACAACAGAAAAAGGUCAAACUUUCGCAACCCCCCCGUUCGUCACCCGCGAGCGAACAAAAUUCAUCGAACGAAACAACAACAACAACAAACGUGAAUAAAUCCGACGAUCCCGAACUCGUUUUGAGCGAAGCCAAAGUCAUGAUAGCCAACAUAAUGGGUCAGUUGCCAUCUAAGUACAACGUGGGAGCGACGAGGAACGCGAACGUUCGAAAUUCGUCGAACUCUACGUCGCGAACGUCGCUUCCGCCACCGCCGACGGGAGUGGCGGCGGCGGCAGCAGCCGUCCUCGACGUUUCAUCAUCGUCGACGACGACUUCCUAUUCGUCUCGGACAUUUUACGAAAAUUCACCAAGUGCUGCGACAAACAAAAUACCCAACAACAGUGGUUGUUUACCCAACGAUUACGGUUAUCAGGAUCAUAGUAGUAACAUGUUCGGUUAUUCGAAUUGCGAGAAUUUCACCAAUUAUUCUCUCGGUUCGGAAAGUUACCACCCGGAUCCGAAUAACGGUAACGAUUCGUACUCUCAAAGGUCGCAAACUUUGACUUAUUCGAGUUAUCAAAACGCAGAACAAAAUUCUUAUCACGGUUACGAAUCGUGGAACGAUUCAUACUCGCAGUAUUCGCACGCACAGUCAACCCCCGGAUACGGGUGUCCGACUUCUAUACCUCCACCAAUGAUUAAUUACAAUAGGAAUACAGUGAUGCCGACGGAAUCGUUUGAUGCCACGACAAAAGGUUAA